UGCGGAAACACGUGUCCCAGCGGAAGAGAAUGUAUACAAUGGAAAUCCAAAAAUCAAUUAAGUUAUGAAAAACACCAUUAAUUGUCUUUCUUUUGUCGCAGCUGCACAUAAAAAAUGGCGGAUAUCUCGACACAGUCAUUUAGAUCUCGUUUAUGACCGUUUACGUGGAGCGUUGAGUUACUGGAUGAAAACGGCUACAGACGAGAGGUUUAUUUAUGAUAUUUAGAACUACUGGAGAAGCACCGUUUCCUGGAAAGCAGCAUGAGCUGAUAGUGACUGAGGUGUUCCAGAAGAGGUUUCAAAAGAGAGAGGCUGCCCGGAAGAUGCCAAGAAGAAAACAACAGAAUCCUCAAUCUGUCAAGUUGGAUUCUGAAGAUGGUGUAGUGACCAUUGUAGCUCCAGGAAUCCUCACCUUGGAGGCAGAUUUCGUUCUGGGACACGACCUUGAGUUUUGUGACGCCGACCAUGACAAGAUCCUAGGCCUGGACGACAAGUACUCAGCAGCUGAGAUCUCUGUGUACCCUCUGGGUGAUGAGGAGAGUUGUGCCUUCAGCAGUCUCAGUAUGGCUGGGCAGUGUGACCAGGAGCAGGGCCCUGAGUCCCAGCCCGACCACGAGCCCCCCUACCUGUCCUGCCGGGGCUGUGGUCUGGACCUAGUGGGACCCUACUGUCACCGCUGCUGCAAGGGAGAAAGGGGGGAAUUCAGAGGCUUUCGCUCCGGUUCGCGACCACAAGCGUACGAUGGCGAUGGCGAGGAAGGGGACGGAGGCGGGAUGGACGGCGCUGAUGGAAAGGACGAUAACUUCAUAAUGGGCGACGACGGUCCUUCCUCCAAGCGCCACUCCUGCCAGUUAUGUGGGUUCUCCUCACGCUAUGCCAAUCACGUCAAGAGGCACAUGAAGACUCACAACGGGGAGAAGCCGUACCGUUGUCCCAUGUGUACCUACGCCUCGGCCCAGCUGGUCAACCUGCAGAGACACCUGAGGAUUCACACUGGGGAGAAACCCUACAGCUGUGACUCCUGCUCCUUCGCCUGCAGUUCCCUAGGCAACCUGAAAAGGCAUCAGAGGAUGCAUGUGGUGGGACAGGAAGCAGUCAGACCUGCUAGUGGACCUCCUAUUGGUCCCUCUGGUCUGAAGAGGCAGCGGGAGGAGGAGCCUAAUGUGCCAGCUGAAGAAGCCCUAAGGCCUGACCUGAACCUCCAUGUAGGAGGCCAUAACAGAGACUACCUGCCAUGCUCUGAUGGACUGAGGGUACCACCACCAGAACUCCCUGAGCACCAUCCCUCAAGACUUCUGGAGGUGCCUGGCUGUGGACCUGGGGCUGAGUCCGGGGGUAGGGUUGGGGCUGUGGUGGGAGUGAAGUCCGAGGACAGAGAUUCGCUCCCUCCUCUCCCCUUCCUCUUCACCUGUCGUAUCUGUGGUAUCCCCAUGGAGGACGAGGACGGCUCCACCACCCAGAUCUGUGCCAAGUGCACGCUGGACAUGCUGAACAAGGACUCGUCUGGCCCCAACAGCCCCGGAGAGCGUGGGGACAAGGUCUACACCUGCAGUGCCUGUCCCUUCCUCACCCACUACCCCAACCACCUGGCGCGACACAUGAAGACGCACACGGGAGAGAAGCCGUACAAGUGCCCUCAGUGCGACUACGCCUCCGCCCACUUCGACAACCUGAAACGCCAUCACCGCGUGCACACGGGCGAGAAGCCGUACAAGUGCCACCUGUGUGACUACGCCUGUGGGAACCUGGCUAACUUAAAACGUCACCAGCGGGUCCACUCGGGCGCCAAGCCGUUCCAGUGCGCAGUGUGUAGCUACAGCUGUAACCAGAGUAUGAAUCUGAAGAGACACAUGCUGAGACACACGGGAGAGAAGCCUUAUAAGUGCCAGCAGUGUGGCUACACCACAGGACACUGGGACAACUACAAACGACACCAGAAGAAACAUGGCCUCGCCACCGACGGCUGGGUCAAAGUUCAGAUGCCAGGUGCCCAUGAGGAGGAGGAAGAGAGGGAGGUGGGACAGCCAGAGUAAAGAAGGAGAUUGGUGAUGCAGUAUUUGCUCAGAUAAGGAGAAGAAGAGCUGGGACAUACAUUUAACAUGUAAAUAAAAGAGAAAUCCUA